AUUUCCUCAUCACGCGCUUAUAAAUUGUCAGCGUGUCGCAAGCUUAGAGCAGUAUUGUCGUUAUCAAAGUAGAGAACAUUAAGUACUAGUAUUUUACGAAAAAACCGAGGAAUAAGACACUCCGUUACAAUAUACUAAUACUUUACUGCAACAAUGGAUGUGGUUCCAGAAACAACUUCGUACUUAUCAACCAUAAUUUUUUCUCUGCUUACUGUACUCGUUGUGACGCUACUCGCAGCGUAUUAUUACAUUGAUACUUCUCGAACGAUUCGUCUUGCAAAGAAGUUACCAGGUCCGCCAGCCGUACCUAUUAUUGGUCACGCAUUAUUAUCACUCGGACUGACUCCCGAUGUUUUUCUUACGAAAGCUUUCGCAUUCGCAGAGCAAUAUGGACCGGUAGUAAGUGCACGUUUGGGUUUAAGAGUAGCAAUUUUUCUAACAGAAGCACAAGAUAUCGAAGUAAUCUUGAGUAGUUCUGAGCAUCUCGACAAAUCCGUGGAAUAUCAACUGUUCAAACCAUGGCUUGGAGAUGGUUUGUUGAUCACAACCGGCGACAAGUGGCGCAAACAUAGAAAGGCAAUAGCGCCCACAUUUCACAUGAACAUCUUGAAAACAUUUGUACCGUUAUUUUAUGAGAAUAGUAUCGAUCUCGUAAAUCGGCUUCGCGAUAAAGUUGGAACGGAGUUCGAUUGCCAUGAUUAUUUAUCGGCUGUAACGGUUGAUAUCUUAACGGAGACGGCAAUGGGAGUGCGGAAAGAAAGAAGGCCACAAACUGGAUUUGAUUAUGCCUUAGCCGUAAUGAAAUUAUCCGACAUUGUACAUCGAAGGCACUACGAUAUAACCCUACGUUCGGAUAUUACUUUUCAAUUUACAAAGCUUGCCAAAAUGCAAGAAAAACUACUUAAUACCAUUCACACAUUAACCAAUCGUGUGAUUUAUGAGAAAUCGAAUGAUGUGGAGGAAAAAAGUGUGAGAGAUCAACAGCAAAAAGAAAACGGCACAUCAAAGGAAAGUUUGACCGAAAAGGUGGAUAAUGCUAAUAUGACCAAUUAUAAAUUGCACUACGUGAGAGAUGAUCUCGACGACAUUGAUGAGAACGAUGUAGGUGAGAAGAAACGACUUGCUUUCCUAGAAAUGAUGAUAGAGAUGAGACGAAACGGUGAGCAAAUGACUGACGAGGAGAUCAAAGAGGAAGUGAACACUAUCAUGUUUGAGGGCCACGAUACCACAGCAGCUGGCUCAAGUUUUGCACUUUGCGUGUUAGGAUGUCAUCCAGAUAUACAGGCUCGCGUGCAUGAAGAAUUGGAUUCAAUUUUCGGCGACAGCGACAGACAGUGCACUUUUCACGAUACUUUAGAAAUGAAAUAUCUCGAAAGAGUUAUUUUAGAGACUUUGAGACUUUUCCCACCGGUACCUGUAAUUGCUAGAAAACUUAACAAGGACACAAAGAUAGUUACAGGCGAUUACAUUCUUCCAAGAGGUGCUACGAUAGUAAUUGCGCAGUUAUUAGCGCAUCGUUCAGAGAAAUACUAUCCGAAUCCUUUGGUUUUCAAUCCAGAUAAUUUUCUACCCGAAAAAAUGCAACAGAGACAUUAUUACGCUUAUAUUCCUUUCAGCGCCGGGCCAAGGUCCUGCGUAGGACGGAAAUAUGCUAUGCUGAAGUUAAAGGUCCUACUGUCGACAAUACUGCGGAAUUAUCGUGUCAUCUCCGAUAAAUCAUAUACAGAUUUCCAGUUGCGAGCUGACAUUAUUUUGAAAAGAGAAGACGGAUUUAAGAUCAAGAUCGAGCCGCGCAAAUAAAAUGUAGACAUAUUGGUAUAAAUUUUGGUAAGAAUUUUAUUUCUUAUAUAGUACGCAUUUCUUUCGCAUAAAUUUGAAUUUGUCUUUAAUUAUUUGCUAUUUAUUUUUAAGAAUGAUAUUUAUAUGUUACAGUUAAAUAUUAAUAUAUUAUAUUAUAAAUAUUGAAAAA